UUCGUCCUCUUAAAAAAAACUUAAAACCCUUUCCCGACUACAACUCUGCAAAACCCUAACAAUGGCUCCAAAUGGCGCAGCACAGAGUCUCCAAAUCCACAGGCUUCCACAACCAAAAUACAUCGAUGCAGUACGUUGGGUACCUCCUCUCUCCGCCUUCGAUCGCUUCAUCGUACUCGCCGUCUUCGACUCCGAUACCGAUGAACCCGCCGUCGAAAUCCACGCCCUCAAUCAUUCAGAUUCACCUUCUCUCUCCCUCCAAUCUUCCUUCUCACCUCCCUCUCGGAUUUCCGCUCUCAGAACCAGUCAAUUCCUUCACAAACCUUUUAUCGCCGCUUCUACCUUAGCCGGCUCGCUACACAUUCUCCUUGCCGAUCCCAUAAACGCGUCAUUCGAAUCGGAGGUCUCCAUUUCUGGUAAAUCGCUACACGAUGGACCUAUUUCAGACAUUGAUGUUCAAGAAAAUGCAUCGGAUUGUGUCACUGUAGGGGAAGAUGGGAGGGUGAAUUUAGUUACUUUUUCCAAUUCCCGGCUGAAUCAUCGCCGGAUAUUUGACAGCAAUGGGUUGGUUUCUUAUACUGCUGCGAAAUGGGCGUCCCCAUUUGAGUUUGCAACUGGUGGACUUGGUCAUAGUGUUCAAUGGUGGGAUCAUCGUAAACCAGGAGCACCUGCAACUCAAUUCAAGGGCAGCUGGGAUCGUGGAACAACCUCUGGAAUUGUGCAUUCCAUUGAUAUUCAUCCUUCAAGAAAAUACACUUGUCUUGUAGGAGGUUCAUCGGGUAGCGUAUUUGCUUGGGACAUUCGAUGGUCCCAACAACCGGUAAUGUUGUCUGGAUAUGCAGCAGGCGGUGAAUCGUCAUUUUCAGCAGCGUCUGAAAGUGAAGUAUGGCAGGUCCAGUAUGACAAUUAUAGUCGUUCUUCUUCAAACAUUAGCAAUGUAUCAUCAUCGUCGCAGAUCUUACCUGCUAUGAUAUGCUCAGAGGAUGGAAUACUGGCUGUAGUUCAACAAGGGGAGCAACCUAUUGAACUGUUGGCUGAACCAUGUGCUAUUAACAGCUUUGAUAUUGAUAGACAGAAUCCAUCUGUGAGUCUCAAACAAAUUAUUCGUCUUGGUUGAUUAGAACACAAUAAUGUUUCCAUUUUCUUCAUUCUUUUCUUUCUGUUUUUACCAUGAAUGCAGAGUGUAAUAUGUAGCUUGGAGUGGGAAUCUGUAGCAGUUCUGGAAAGGCCAUAAAAUCUUGCUCACUUAUUGGAAGCUUUUGUAAGAAUAUUAAUACUGUUGGUUUACGAUUGAUCGUUUAACCACUUUGUAGGUCAGAAGAUCAAUUGUCUUCUUCGUGUUCUUUUAGACGCAAUUGCAUAUUAAUAUGAGAUGGAGAUGGACUAAGUUUAUAUGUAAUCUGUUAUCAAUCAAAUUCUCAUUUAGAUUCACACUCAUGUGGAAAAGCCUUGAUAAAAAUAUGUUUUCAAAUGAUAGUUUAAACAAUCUAUCAUUUUUUUUAUGUUG